CGGCCUUCGUCCGCGACUGUGCAAGAUGGACCGCCGAAGUGUAAAAGUCAUUAAGAAGAAAAACACAGUAUAACUGGCGUCUGGUUCGCUCGCAGUCGCCCAAGACUCAGGGUCGCUUGCGGGAAAGACACCUAUAAGUCUGGCGGCCGCCGCAGGAGCCGCAGUUCACAAUGUGGCGUCGAAGGGGAAACUUGGCGUCCGCCUGCUUCGGCCUCCUUCUGCUGCUGUCUGCUUCUGCCACCGGCUCGGCCCCUGAAGCAGACGAGCUCCUAGCAGGCGGCGCAGACCUCGCGGCCGAGGAGUCUCUCUCUGCGCCCAUCUUCCUCACCAUCGUCCAGAGAACCAAAGAGGCAGACUAUUUCAUUGAUGACCACCACCCUUACCCUCCUCCUCCUCCUCCUCCGCCUCCUCCUCCCCCUCCUUCCGAGCAUUCUAUGAGCAAGAAUAUUAUCCUCCUCCUCCACCGCCACCGCAUUACCAUCCUUACGACCCCACAGCCAAAAUACUACCGCGCAUCGGAGUACGGGGAGCCUAAAUACAACCCGCCCGAUUUUUACCAUGAAACUGACCACCACCAUGAGCUGGAAUACUAUUCUUCCCUGCCGCCUCCUCCUCCUCCCCCUCCUCCACCGCACCCGAAACACGUCAAGGGCCAUUACUAUGAACCUCCGACCUACCACCCCGUUAUCCACCACGAACCGAAACACACUGAUUACUUACCCCGCCCCCACCUCCGCCUCCGCCACCACCCCCUUACCACGAACCCAAAUACACGAAGGAGGCCCACUACCAUGCUCCCGAUUACUACCACCAUGAAAUAAACCACUAUAAAUCAAUCCCAACCAAAUACGAAUACCACCUAAACAUCCACGACCGGAAGGACAGCUAUGAGCCCGUGUACCCCCCUCCCCCCAAGUACCACCACCCUAGUCCUGCCCCUACUCGACCCACGCAGAGUCAAUAGAGGAAGUCAAGCACGAGUACCGCAAGGGGUCCAGGUCGUUCGAGCACAGCGUGAGCCGGGUGCCUCCCGUCCACGUGUACGGGGACGACCUGUACAAGGACGCUCCCCCGCACGGCUUCAUCACGGCCAAGUACGAGGCCGCCCAUCAUCCGCCGCCGCCCGUACCACCACUACAGCGCCCCGUCGCCUUUACCCAGCCCACAGCUGAAGAGGCGCAAACCUCCACAGUGCCUCCCAGUCCUAGGCUGCCGGUGACCUCGCUAUCCACUACCGCUGCUGCUACUGCUUCCACCAUUCCUAGUGCACCCACUACUACAACAGAAUUUCCCGAGGUUCUCGAUCUUCCAACCAGCAUGUCUACAGCCCAGGAACCCCUCGUAACUACCACAGUUAUUACAGAAAUUUUAACCACUUUGCCUGUUUCAGUAGACACAACACCGACACCUCUGAUCACUCAAGAGACUCCUGUAACUCUAUCGACACUUUCAAGCGUAACGUUUUCUCCGUCGUUAGCUAAUAGUUCACCUCCCACUGAAGAUUUCCGUGUUUCGGAGCUGGAAAUUCAAGAGUUACCUAGUAGAGUUCCUAUCAAUUCUUUGCCAGAGUCUAAUAGCAGAGAGCCUUUAGACCCAAAGACUUUUCCCACAGCGACAAAACCCACUCUUAGGCUACGUAGUCCGCCCACGGCAGCAGCAACUUCCUCCCCAGUACCAUUGCCCCCGACAACAUUCGACUCCAUCCUGACAACCAACACUCCUGACGUGCACUCCGAGGAAACUGAGGAUCAGCUUCCCGUGACUAAAGACCCACAUUUAAGUUCUGAAACUAAUUUCGCGGCAAACCCAACAAGAGCGACUUCGAGAGACGAACUACAGAAACUCAGAGUGACUGGGACGAGUCAAGUAAUGUGGCCAACAUCAUUAAGGACAACGACAGAUAAAGGGAACAGGCUGAUUGUUACAAGAAAAUCUAAAAACGAAAAAAAUCUCUUUGAUAUAUUUUUUCCAAGUCAGGCAUCCAAAUCUAAAAUUUCGUUGCCUUCUCCAGAUGAUAUAAACACAAAAGAUUUACGUAGAUUAGCAAAGUUUCUUUUAUCUGACGUAUCCAACAAAAGGGCUCUUGAGGUUCAAACUGCAGAUAUGCAAAAGCGAAAUGAAACCAACAAAACAAAGACAGAAAGACAACGGCAAUUUGAUGUGAGUAACGAACCUGACGACACAGUUGAAAACACGCAGGACCUACCAAUACAACAGUUGCCCUCUGAUCCUGUGACAGAAGUAGGAUUUAAACCUAUUAUAUUUCCUAGUGAGUCUAGUAAUGGCAACGCACAGGAACAAGGCACUCCAGCAUCCAUGUAUAAUUCAGCUCAGUCUUACCCAAUGCCCCCGCCCGGGAUGUAUGGCUCCCCUCCCUCCCGGGGCACAAUGUACAGGCAGGCCCACCGCGGCCUCGCGCGGGGCUCGACGUCCCCGAGGUGGGUGCGCCGAAGGACGCGGACGAGGAAGAGGAAUAUUCCCGGUGAUUUCCAACUCUGACCCGCAUUCAGAGUUUUAUUUAAGGCUUUGCACAAGCGUUCACUCAGGUUACGUUAAUCAAUAUAGUCGUUUCCAGUACACAGAAUUAGAUUUUGUGUUUCAAGGAGGAUAUAGGAUAAUGUCUCUUGCUCCUUUCUUGAUCUCUCAUUUCUCCUUUUACUUUUUUCCUAAUGCAUUAGCCGGUUUCAGUUCGUCACGGCCGUGGUCACUGUUGUAACAAGGACUUACUAGUCUAUGAAAGACUGUGAAGAUUAUUAAUGUCUUUAUUUAAUUAUAAAAUAGAGUAGUAUAUUUUUAUAGAUAUAUAUUUUUUGAAAUAAAGGAUG